AUGCCGGAAUUUAGAAAUGGAAUUGCAAACAUUAAUAGUAAGAUAGAGAGAGAAAAAAUUGUCCAGACUUUUAUUAACGAGUUUAAGUUAUCAAUAAAAGACUUUUUCAAUGCCAGAAACAAACAGAAUGUAUUCUAUUCCCAACUUUCAAAAAAGUAUUUUAAAGCCAAAUCAUCUGAAAAAGACUUUAAAAUGAAUAUUUCUACACCAAUUGAGCGCAAUCAAACACAAUCUAUAGUUGCCCCUAACUCUUCUUUUCACGAAGUGUUUAAUUCCAAAGACUUUAAUUGCCUUAAGCCUGCUGUUGAAAAAAUCGAUCAAAAUUCACCUGCAUAUUCCAAUUGCUUGUCAAUUGAUUGUCUUGGAGAUCAAAAAGCUACUCCAACCGACUGCUUUCAAGAAAACGAAAACAUUAAUCCCAAUUAUUGUAAUAAAACAGCGUCUUUUUCUAAUAAUUCAUCUUUUAUAGAUUUUAAUGAAUCUACUGCAGAAUUGCGAUGUGAAACUCCACUUCAUAUCAAUAUUUCCACAGCUACUGCUUCAGAAAAAACCAUUAACGAAAACCGACCAUUAUCUUUUACAAAAUUCAAAGAAUCCAAUGAAUUGCAAUGUUCAACUCCACUUGUUACAAAGAACUCUAACUCAAUUAUAAAUAGGUCUGUAGAAAAUGUAGAUUAUCCCACAUCACUGCCUAUUACUGCUGAAGACGAAAAUAGUUCAACAAAGAAUAUUACUCCAGAAAAUGUAGAAUUUCCCAAAAUUUUUUCCAAUUUGCCAAAAAACAAUGAUUAUUCUAAACCACUGCAAAAAAAUGCGCACAAUAGUUCUUUUCUGCCAAUAUCUCAAUUUAAGGAUUGUACUUUUUUUGAGGGCACAUUUGAAAUUUCCAAUUCAAUUUGGACAAUAAUAUUUCAGAAUAACAAGCUCAACCGACACUAUUAUCCUUUUUAUUUUAAGCAUCAGAUAGGACAAUUUGUUAAUAAUAUUUGCCUUUUUAUAUUUAAAGGGGUUAAAUAUGCAUCGAACAAGAAAAUUAAAAUAUAUGCCGUAUGCAAACAUAAUAAUUAUGGUUGCAAAAAAUUUAAAAUUGAUGUUGAUUUGGAAACAUUGUCUGUGGUUAUUCACAGUUCAUCUAUAAAUUACUGUCACAAAUCAAAAUUAACAUCUCACGUUAAAGGUUUAGAAAGAAAAAUUACGAAAAACAACAUGCUCAAUAAAAUGCCGUUGAAUGUAAAAAAAGAGUGCAUACUAAAAUCGGAAAAAUCUUUAAUAAUAAAAGGCAAUUUGCAGGAAAUAAAAUCAGACACGACAUUUAGAAAAAUAAAGUCCGAAGCAAUGGCACAUUUCGAUCGCGACAAGGAGGACUUGUUUGAUAUGUUCAAAAUGCAGAAAGAUCACCCAGAAUACAUAAAAGAGGUGUCGGUGCCAUUCUGUGUGCAAAUCUACAGCAAGGAACAAUUAGAAUUAUUAUGUUGGCAAAAAAAAGCAGUAAACUUUGUGGUGCUACAUUUUGAUGCAACUGGUACCGUAGUAAGAAAACCAAAUGAUUUAUCGAAAAGGAUGAUUAAUGAAUGGUAUCUGCAUAUAUCCACUAUUUUAUCCUCCCCGUAUCACACUGAUCAGGUAACAACAUCAUUGAGCAAAUUCAAUUUUCCUUUCAGCACAAACAUAGAUGAUGAGUUCAAUUUGACAGAGACCCCAAAAUGUGACGAGGAAUUUGACAACCAAAAUCAAUCUUUAUAUCAAUUGAGCCCUUUCUAUGCGCAUUUUAAAAAUAUUUCUGAUUUAUUACAUAUUUCUUUUUCUGAUGGAGGGGAUGCUGCUAAUCGAUAUUAUGAGCCAAAAUUUUUGGAUUUACUGCAAAAAAAAUAUAUGCCAUAUUGUGCCCUUUGGACAUCAUUAAUGAUCAAAAAAUCGUUUCGCACAUGUAGAUUCAGUAAUGCAAUGGCAGAGAAUUAUUUCGGUUAUGUAAAAGGAAAUAUAUUGGAAGGAAAACAGAAUUUAAAAUCUUCAAGAUUUAUUCGAAAAAGCCGUGCAAAUGUCCUGGCAUUACAUAAAGAAGCUGCACUGAGUAUUCCAAAAUCUAAUCUAACUAGACAAAAACAACAGUUGGACAAAAAUGACGAACAUCAAAGUCAAGAAAGAUGGAAUAGAAAAAGUAGAAAAAUAAAUACGUAUUUUAUAGGAAGAUUUAUGCCCAAUGUUGAUUCCAACAAACCCGUACAGCCGAUUCAAACAAGGGAAGAAAUUACCGAACUAGCAGAUUUCACGUUUGAACCACGUCAGUGUUUGUAUUGCGGUGCUGGCCUCUUGGACGAAACGUCUUUUUGGGUGCAAUGCAACGCCUGCAGUGGCUGGGUACAUCAGGCUUGUGACGACUUUUCCCCAAAUAAAACGUAUUCAGGAGACUUCAUUUGCAAAUUAUGUGUGCCAAAUAAUUUGAAUGUGGAGAAACAUCCAUCUGAAAACAAUGAUAAAACUCUCUAUGAAGCUCAUUUAAAAACGCUGGAAUUGAACCAAACAGACUGGCGUGAAUUAGAACAGACCACAAGGAUUCAAAGAGAUUCAGCAGUUUGGCAUAGAGAGCGACGACGGAGAAUCACUGCAUCAAUUUUUGGGAAAAUUUGCAAAGCAAAAAGCGAAACUACCAAAUUGAAUUUGGUCAAAAGUAUUGUAAAUCCGAAAAAAAUCGAUCACAUUCCGUCUGUUCGAUAUGGUUCCCGUAACGAGCAGACGGCAAUUAAUAAAUAUUCCGAGUCUACAAAAAACAUCGUAGAAAAAGCAGGCCUCCAUGUACAUAAGAAAUUUCCGUUUCUAGGUGGUUCUCCUGACGGGCUUGUUGGUAACGAUGGUGUAAUUGAAGUCAAGUGUCCCUACUCAAUAAGAAAUCUUAAAAUUGAUGAGCAAUAUUUGGAUUACUUGGAAGAGAACGGCAAUUUAAAAAAAAACCACGAAUAUUACUACCAAAUACAGGGCCUCUUAGAGAUGACAAAUAGACCAUGGGAUUCAUGGUUAACUGGCAUAAUCGUCUCGAUCGCUAUGCAUUUAUUAAAUAAUAAUAAUCACUUCCAAAUUAUAGAAGAAAUUUUGUCCACAAAUAUAUUUACAAACCAAGAACAUACGGAACACUUUUUAAAAAAAAUACGGAUUAACUCGGAUAGGAUAGCCAUGCCGGAAAAAGUGUCCAAAGCUACAACUGAGUCAUAUGAUAGUGGCUCCAUAUAUACAUAUAUUCCAGAUGAUGAAUUAACACAACUUAUAAACAUUCCUCCAGUCACUCCUCAAACCACUUCCACCCCAAAUACUUCAGUUGAUCAGCUCUUGCCCUCAGCUGUAAUCGAGGCUGUAAUUAUCGAGCAAGAAGAUAUUGCUCAGGAUUUUGAUAUUAGAUCUGGAACUUCAGCUGAACCCUCGGCAAGACCACCCCAAUCAAAGAAACCAAAACUUAGCAGUAUUUUCCCACUGGGAAGAUGUUUGUAUUUGAAAUCAAUAGAAAAUCAUUUUUGCCAUUCAACAACUGAAGAAGAGUUAUAG